UUAACACUUUCAAGCCAUCGAAGCCAAGCAAACAAGAAACAAUGGUGUCUAUGUGUCGACAGAUGCUGGGUUUGUCCCUUGGCAUGAUUGGUUUCUUGGGAGCUAUUGUGAUUUGUGCCCUUCCUAUGUGGAAGGUGACAGCAUUCAUUGGAGCCAGUAUUGUGACUGCUCAGACAUUCUGGGAGGGCUUGUGGAUGAACUGUGUGAUACAAAGCACAGGGCAAAUGCAGUGCAAAGUCUAUGAUUCCCUCUUGGCCUUACCUCAGGACUUGCAGGCGGCUCGGGCACUUGUGAUCAUCGCCAUCAUUGUGUGUGUCUUUGGGAUCAUCCUGGGGAUUGCUGGUGGAAAAUGCACCAGCUUUGUCGAGAGAGAAGAUGCAAAGGCAAAGGUGGCUAUCGCUAGUGGUAUAAUCUUCAUCAUCGCUGGAGUAUUGGUUCUGGUCCCCGUCUGUUGGUCAGCUAAUACCAUCAUCAGGGAUUUCUACAAUCCCUUGCUCACAGAUGCCCAAAGAAGGGAGAUUGGGGCUUCUCUCUAUAUUGGAUGGGGUGCAGCUGCACUGCUGAUCCUGGGAGGAGGUAUACUGUGUAGCUCCUGUCCACCUAAGGACGACAACUACAACAUCAAGUACUCUCAGCCACGGUCUGUUGCCACCAGCAAAGCCUACGUCUGAAAGAGAUCAAGCACACAAAGACUUUUCAUUUGCAAAGACACGUUUUUUUGUAAAAACCUCUUUAUUCCCACCUGUGAUUUUUUUUUUCCAAAGACAAGUAGUAGAAGGACAGUGUCUAAUAUGGCAUAAUAUAUUUACUGAGGUUUUGUGUUGUGAUUAUAUAGAUCACUGAAAGAGAAAAUUGUGCAUGUAUAAUGUGAUGAGAGGAAUCUAACUCAGUGAAGAUCUGCUUUUUAUAAACAAGCCAUUCUUGCAGUUUGUGUGUAUUAUUACACUAGGAAUAGUUUCAUUAAUCAGAAAAUUAAAGAUAUCUAAUGGUUAAUAAAAUACAAUGUCUAUGGUUUUAUAAUUUUUUUUUUUUUUUUUUUUUUUGUUACACAAAUUAGCAUUUUUUGCACAAAGACAUCUUGAUCAUUAAAUUUGUCUUACUAUUUUGUUAUUAAAAUAAAUGGUUCUGUAAAACAACUUAUUGAUACUGCAUUGACAUCAUUCCAUAAUAAUAGUUUGACAAUACUUAAUAUUGUCACGUCCAAGAAAACAUUAAACAGAUCAUGCUUGCCUCUGACAUGGUGUCUAAACUGUUGAAAAACUCAACAGAGAUGUUGGCAAAGAUCUCCUGUAAAAACAGUUUGAGCAAUUUUGCUGUAAAAAAAAAAAAAGUAAAUCAACAUUUUGCUGUAAAAGAAAUCAAUAAACAAUUAUCAGGCAUGUUCAGUCUGUUCAGUCUGUUUCUUCUCUUAAUUCGAAGAAGUUAAGCAAAAAUUAUUGUUUCUAACAUAACAUGAACUUAAUGAAAAAUCUAUUUUUUUAUAGGGUGAAUAGAUAUUAUAUGAUAUUCUAUCACUUUGUUGUGCACCAGGCAUUUGUGCCAGCAUGUCAGCAAGUGAUCCUAAAAAGCCACUGGAACACCGCAUUUAUUAGAAUUGUGUUUUGAAACAUUAUUAUUUUAUGGCAA